GACCACCAUGACCCGACUUGCCCUGCUUGCGUUGUACUCUCUACUCCUCGCUGGAAUAGCCCGAGCUACGCCGGCCAAGCAGGAGGCUUUGGCUCCCGUCGAAACGAAAUCUGGCUGGAGCUACACCGACUGCGGCCUUCCCACCGACGUAAUACAAAUCGAAUCCAUUGAAGUCUCUCCUGAUCCUCCGGAGAAAGGAAAGGACCUCACGGUCAAGGUUAUUGGCACUGCGAGUGAUGUUAUCGAGGAUGGAGCCUACGCCGAUGUCACUGUAAAGCUUGGCUUAGUCAAGCUACUACAGAAGCGUUUCGAUGUAUGCGAAGAGGCUAGGAACGCCAACGCCUCAAUUCAGUGCCCCGUGGAGGAAGGACAGCAUAUUGUUGAGCAGACCGUUACUCUUCCAAACGAGAUUCCAAAUGCACUUUUCCGGGUCAACGUCCGCGGUUAUACUAAAGAUGAAGAAGACAUGGUUUGCGUGGAUCUCGCUGUCGACUUCAGGAACCGCCCUUUCCUGGGUCUUUGGUGAACAGAUCUUCGAUGGCAUAUUGGCCUGAUUAUGUGAUGAAUGGUUUUGUUAUCUCCCAAGUGACAACGAUUCUUGACGAAGCAUAUGAUUGAGUCCUUGGAUAUGCCCUUGCAUGAUACCAUGAAUUUUCCCUCUUGUACAUGUAUACCCGAUUCACGUCAUAAUACCGCCUGGUUCUCGGAAGUGGGGAGGAGGGACUCCCGCGGAGGACGUCGAACUACAUAUCUCGACCUCUUGCCAGCUACCCGCUGGAAACCACUCGAAUGAUGUACACAGAAUUCGUCGCAAGCGUUAUGCAUAUGCGAUAAAUACGUUGCAUGGUGGAAGUGUAUAGACCAUUAUCUUGCCUUGUGGAGUGGUUUGGGAACAAUAUCAGGCCAAGACGCUGAUCCAGCUAACACCGCGUUCAGAUUUCUUCGUCUUCUUCCCAUGCACCGAACUUCAACGUAAUAUGACGAGCCUUCGCGACCUCUAACCAGCGUCCUCGGCGUCCGCCUUCUUGUAAGAGAGUAUUCUGCAAGCUCAAGGCCAAGUGCUUCAGUUGCGGAAGGUGAUGCACCAGUCGGAGCUCCAAGGCAUCACAAACGCCGCGCUCCUCGUUGAUCUUGGAGACGGUGUACCAUGAGUUGGCGAGCUGUAUCUUCAGCACCUCUAAACUGUCGGGGAGCACGAAGACGAACUGGUGAGACAGCUCGUGCACGACGACGAGGGACAAGGCUAAGUAUCGGAGCAGCGAAGUCGCUCGUAAGCAGUCAGCCAGGGCCCGGGUCGUAAUGCGGCUGCAGCCUAGGAGGACAAGCUUGCGAAGGGACCGUCCGACGCUAUGGACCAAUCCAUCAAGCAUGUGAUCGCGCAUUUCGAAUCCCAAGCGAUCUUGGGUAUAGGAAAAUGACUCGAGUUGGCAGCCGGAAAACGCGGUCUCUAGCGCACGC